GGCCGUGCCGGAGGGGAGAGGAGCGGAGCGGGCAGGAUGUCGCGCCAGGCCGGCCGCGGCACCGAGAGCAAGAAAAUGUAUUGGUAUUUGCCAUUCAUUUCACCUUCUGCAUCUAUGCAUCUCAUGAACUCGGAGCUCUUCACGCUGACCUACGGCGCCCUGGUCACCCAGCUGUGCAAGGACUACGAGAAUGAUGAGGAUGUCAACAAGCAGCUUGACAAAAUGGGUUACAACAUAGGUGUUCGGCUAAUAGAAGACUUCCUGGCCAGGUCCAAUGUUGGAAGAUGCCAUGAUUUCCGUGAAACCGCGGAUGUGAUUGCAAAGAUAGCAUUUAAAAUGUACCUGGGCAUCACUCCGAGCAUCACCAACUGGAGUCCUGGAGGCGAUGAGUUCUCCCUCAUCUUGGAAAACAACCCCUUGGUGGACUUCGUUGAGCUCCCUGACAACCACUCAUCACUCAUCUAUUCCAACUUGCUGUGUGGAGUGCUGCGAGGUGCCCUGGAAAUGGUUCAGAUGGCUGUGGAUGUCAAGUUUGUCCAGGACACGCUGAAGGGAGACAGCGUCACAGAAAUAAGGAUGAAAUUCAUCAGGCGGAUUGAAGACAAUCUUCCAGCUGGUGAAGAGUGAAUGAGAGCCCAGGCUCCCUUUGGGACUGGAGGGGACCAGCUGGUUUUGGCCAUUAGCUUUCAUUGCAGAUCUGUAGGGAUCUAGUGCCCCUGUACAUUCAGACUGACUCACUGACUGUUUAAGAUGUUGUUAUAUUCUUCUACUGCUCCUUCCAUUUCCUGUAGAAGACGAUUGUCUGGUGGCUUUUGGUUUCACAGGUUCAUUCUGAGGCUUUUUUCAUAAGGUGAUGUCUUUCGUAUUCCCCUGGGGACUCUUUCUACACUCAGUUUCUAAGUGUGACAUUUGGGUGUGCAAAAACUACUGCUCAAACUCCACAGAAGCUCCAGUCUAUUCAAAUCUGAAUCCAUGUUUUUAUGACCAGAAUUGGAGCCCACUGAUUGUUAAAUGCUGUCCUUAAGAAGAGGUGUUUAAAAUUCAAGUGCAUAGUAUUGCUGUCAAAUUAACUGGCCUCCUGCAGUUAAUGCAGCUACUGGUAAAACACAAGCUUGAUACAAAGGGGUGAUUUAGGAGAGCUGUUUGGGUGCUGGCACCAGGGUGAGGAGGCUCCUUUUGUCAGAGAGCAGUGGCAUCGUGCAGCACUGGCAGAUUCAUGUGGCCUUUCUGCAGUUUCUCUUCUUCCAGCAGACUCAUGAUCCCCUCCUGAAAGGACAACCAUUAAAUUGCAACAGGGUUAAGCUUUUAAAAGGAGAAAAGGAAUCCAGAAAUGCCAGCAGUGUUCCCAGCCAGGGGCAAGGCCACAGGAUGAAAACCAAAACUCAGGCUAAAGGCUUGGAAGGUCGCUCAUCAGCAAGCAGAGCCUGUUCUGCUGUUAGGGUGUACAAACACUGCAGUGUGGAGGUGGUGCUGGGGUGUAUGCUCACAGAUGUUCAGGCUGCAACAGAAUUUCCUCUGUUCCUUGAAUUGGCAAGCGAGGACAGGCUGUAGCACCCGCUGUUGUGUCAGAUACACACACCGAGUGCUGUUAGGUAUUGGAAAAUCAACUUUCUCUGCCAGAAACUGCAGUCAGCCAUUCUGUUCUCAAAGCACUUUACAUAGCAUGAAGGCAUCCACAGAGGAGCUUGAAGUCGAUAGCACUUACCCACAGCCACAGGAGCUGGCAGCUCCAAUACCUUUGUAGGUUUAUGCCCGAGUGUAAGGUGCAAGAGAGAAUGCUGCUGCUGUUUGUUCAGGUUCUUUGAAUGGGCAUUGGAUUAUCUGGACACUGCAUAGCUUGCCUGCUCCCUUAUUUUGUCCAAAGGAGUCCCUUUGGUGUCAGGGUUUGGAUGUCCUGAGUGAUGGGUCCUGUGAAGGGGCAGCAAGUUGCUGUAAGAGCAGUCGGAGAACAUCAGGAGCAGCAGUGGCAGGCGGGCGUUGGAGGCAGAAGUGCUGCACAGUCACGUUGCAGAGAUCAAAAAGACCUGUUGUUCCUCAUCAUUGACCGUUCUAAGUCAUGUUAAGGCUGCAUUUUAAAAGCAAUUGCAUUAAAAAGAAUCCCACCGUCAA